GUAUACUUAAAUUGCUCAAUGUAGAGGCAUCAUAAAACAUUUGCUCUCAGAUUCCACAUGAACCAUUAGCAGAGUUCUGGAGACUUGGAGCUCUUUGGAAGCCAAGCAUUCCACAAUGAAGAGCUUUCUGGCUUUCCUCGUUGCAAUGGGCAUCACAGUGACACUGGGUGAUGCAUACUGCUUUUCUAAACUGUCCAAGCCAGGGGAGGCCAAAGAAGGCUGUAUCCUGGAAGGAAAACUCUACCCCUUUGGAGAGAUUGCAAGGACAGAAAAUUGCUUCAGAUGCAGCUGCAGCCCACAUGCAAUGCGUUGCUGCUCCCUCUUUCAUACUCCUGUUGGUUUUGACGAAGUGAACUGCAAAGUCAUAUUUAACAAGAAAAGCUGUGACUAUGAAGUGGUGCAGAAGAGUGACCCCUCAGAGGAGUGUGUUGUCUAUUCUCGUGUGGGCUAACAACCCACCUGCUCCUAACCUCUCGGCACUGUGGAGUUCCUCCCCUUCCUACAGAUGCUUUGUCAUCGCGGUGAAGCUUGAAGACAUAGGGGAUCUUGUAAGAGAGAGUACUCCAGCAGCUUACUUCUAAUCUACUUAUUCUAAUUCAGUAUACAAGAUGAAUAAUCAGAUACAUCUCAUUUCUGUCAAUACUUAACAUUGGUACCACUGAGCUUUUUUGAAGACAAUAAAUCCAGAUGAAUAAUCCAGAA